AUGCGACGUGCCUGUAGUUCGCAACAUGGGAAAGCAGCUGCCGGGGAAUCUUCUGGCGAGGAAGGGGACGGCGCCCAGAGCAGCGCGAGAACCCCAAACGACAGGGAUGUGGAUCCUGAGUUUACACGACAGUUCAACGCAUACAUUGCGGCCUACUUUCUGCCCCAUCGCAGGCUAUGGCGCUGGAGUCGUCUGAGAUUGGCAGGACUUCUGCCACAGACCUCGAAGCAGAGGCCAAGUGCCCUUCAGCGGAGCAUGGCGACGCUUGGGUACCUUCUUCCUUUGGCAGGAGCCUUGCGAUUGUUGGCUCCAGCGUUUGCUGGCCGUGUAGGCGGUGCAGCAAGCCUGUGGAGCUUUCUCAUGAUUCUGACAGCGCCUGUGUCGUCCCCGCUCGGGGCGCUUACGGCAGCCAGCUGGCUAGUCUGCGGCAUCACCGACACAAACGCAGUCCCGUCAAGCUUUGUUAGAAGCCAUUUUCGGCAGGCCUUGCUGCUGGCUUCAUUGUCAGCAUUGCUCGCAUUUCAAGAACGUACAGGUUUUUCUGCUGAAGCUGCUACCGGCUUGGAAGGGCCAGUCCCACUGGUCAUCUCUGCCAUGAGAAGCGGAUUGUUAGGUGCACUGAUGCUGGUGUGGCUGAUCUCCGUUUUCUUCUGCCUACUCGGUCGAUACUCAGUCCCAACAACAGACUCCAGCGGCUCCAGCCAGCACGUGGAGGGAUGA